GAGGCUACUGCCAAUUUUGAGUCCAGAAAAUCCGACAUUAUAACUUUCAUCUCCCUUGCUCACGUGGUUACUACUUGUUUCUCUUUAUGCAUAUUUCUUUGGACCUUCAGCAUGACUACAUGAAGUUGAUGGAGCGAUUUAGGAGGUGGGGAACUACAACAGGAGAGGGCUGCCCCAGCCACCUCAAGCCACCCUGCAGUCUGCUCUACCCAGGAGUCUGUACGGUUCUGGCCCCAUCCUGCUGGCACCGGUUGGUCACUACGGUGACACUACAGGUCAGUUUAAUCGUGUUUCACCGGUACACACUGGAAUCAGUUACAGUUACAAGGUAGUAAAUAAAUUAAAGAUGUCCCCGAAAAAAAGAAAAGAAAAACAAUGCCAAGGGCAGUGGUGGAACCGAAGAGGUGAAUGACGAGAGCUCAGAGGAUCAGGAGCCAGAGCCCAAGACGAAGCGUAAGAGGGUCACUGGCACAGAGGAUGCUGGAGCUGGCAGGGGGAAGAGGAAGAAAUCAAAAGCUCCAGAAGAAGGGUACCACUCUGACACCUCUGAGCCUGAUGUAAAAAGCAGCAAGAAGAAGGGGGAGAACAAAUGAAAAGUAAAGAAAAAUAAGAAAGACAGCGAGGAGGAGUAUGAGGUGAGAAGCAGUGAGUCGAAGAGUGCAGAUGAUGAAGAUCACAGUGAUACCAUCAAUAACAAGAAAAAGAGAGCAGAGAGGCUCCCUGGUGUGAUUGAGGCCACCAGUAAGGGAACCAAAAAGAAUAAAGACCACCAGGAGAACGACAUGGGGUCAAAGGACAAAAAAUCUAAAGACGACGACAAAAAAUCCAAAAAGGACAAGAAAGAGGGCGAACAAACUCGCGAUCAAGGGGAUGAAGAAGGGGAUGGCAAAAAGAAGAAGAAAAAGGCCAAGAAAGUCUCAGGGGGAGACAGUGAUGAGGACACCAAAAAGGGGAAAGGCAAAAAAAAGAAGCUGGUUGAGAACUACGUGGAGAUCUAUGAGAAUGAACUACGGAACUAUGAGCCAGAUACCAUGGAGAACUAUGAGGAUGAGUACCACAAGAAGAAAGUUUAUGAGGUGGUGACCAUCACUGGAGAUGAGAGGGGGGCGGGCACCGAUGCCAACGUGUUUAUCACUCUCUUCGGGGAAUAUGGCAUCACUCCGAAGGUGCACCUGGCUAGCAAGUGA